GAUCUCACAAUUGGCAAUUGGGAAGGGCUCAUUUUAUUUGAUAGACACGGAGCUGUAGCCAAUCACACGCUAGUGUUGGCACGUCGCUGUCCAAUUGCAGCACAGUGUUGUGUGCGGAGGGCGGGGACUGGGUCGUGGCGGCGUUUGGGCGGUCCAGACAGUUUUGUUUCUGAGUUUAGUUGGUAAUGUGGCAGUGUGGAGGCAGGGAGGGGUGAACCGAUGGUUGUAGAUGUGUAUAUACACAUACAUACUGUGUAUAUAUAUAUUUUAUAUAUAUACACACACAAAACAACAGAACAGUAACCGACGUGCUGCGGUGAAAGAGGAGAUACUCACAGCUGAUGCGUGUUCAUCCGGGAGUACAGAGGAGCAUGGAUCCAUAAAGAUGUUGGAAUUAAUCGUCGUGAAGAUAUUUAUUUAAUUUAUUUUUCUAUAUAUAUAUAUAUACACACAGAGAGAUUUUUUUUUGUACUUUUAUAUUUUGUACCUACGUCUCGGCCUGUGCGCCGAUAUUCAGGGACUUGUGAGGAUGGAUCAGGCGAAUAUCUUGAGGAAGUUCAUUCAGGGGGUUCACGCCAUGCGAUCCGGGGAACAGAGAGGAGAGGAUAACUUCGGCUCGGACUUCAUGAGAUUACGCAGAUUAUCGACCAAAUACAAGACGGAAAAAAUCUAUCCCACUAACGUCGGCGAGAGAGAAGAAAACGUGAAAAAGAACCGGUAUAAAGACAUCCUGCCGUUCGACCACAGUCGAGUGAAAGUGACAUUAAAAACAUCCAAUCAGGACACGGAUUACAUCAACGCAAACUUCAUUAAGGGAGUGGACGGGCCUGAGGCCUACAUUGCCACGCAGGGUCCGUUACCCAACACUGUCCUCGACUUCUGGAGGAUGAUCUGGGAGUACCACGUCGCAGUCGUUGUCAUGGCGUGUCGGGAGUUUGAGAUGGGCCGGAAAAAAUGUGAGCGGUACUAUCCCCAGUUUGGAGACGAGCCCAUGUCCUUUGGCCCUUUCAGGAUCUCCUGUGAAUCGGAACAAGCUCGAACCGACUAUUACAUUCGCAGCUUAACGGUGGAGUUUGACAACGAUUCUCGUAGAAUAACCCAAUUCCAUUACAUCAACUGGCCAGACCACGAUGUUCCCUCAUCGUUCGACUCGAUAUUGGACAUGAUCGCGCUGAUGAGGGAGUACCAGGAGCACGAUGAGGUUCCUGUCUGCGUACACUGCAGUGCUGGAUGUGGGAGAACAGGUGCUAUUUGUGCCAUUGACUAUACAUGGAACCUGCUGAAAACUGGGAGAAUUCCUGAGGAUUUUAACGUCUUCCAACUGAUUCAGGAGAUGCGGACGCAGAGGCACUCGGCCGUUCAGACGAAGGAGCAGUACGAGUUGGUCCAUAGAGCUAUCGCUCAACUUUUCGAGAAGCAGCUGUUGCUGCUGGAGAGUCCUACGAAUUCAGAGCUGACAGAUGGCAUGGAUGAAGGCAGUCCAGAAAAACCCAGCCAGAAUUCGGAUGAGGACCAGUGGGACACGCCUCCACCCAAACCACCGCGUAUUCGGAGUUCUCAGGUUGAGGGCGAGGUCCAAGAGGAAAUCCUGCAGGCCCCCGAGCCUCGGCCAGUGCCACCCAUCCUCACUCCGUCACCGCCUUCAGCGUUCCCCACGGUGAGCGAUGUGCGCCAGGAGAACGAUCGCUACCACCCCAAACCCGUGCUGCACCUGCUGGCUUCUGAACACGAACCUGACCUCAACGAGAACUACAGCGGGGGCCCGCAGGGAGUGCCCAUCAUGCCUGCCUCUGUGUCUGCCCCUUCCCCUCCAGAGUCCAAUAAACACACCCCUCUGAGUGUGGAGAUCAAGAAAGUGCCCUUGCAGGAGGGGCCGCGUAGUUUCGAGAGCAGUAGUGCCCUGCAACGAACGCAUGCUUUCAAAGUGCGCACCAAUAACAGCUCUCUGUCACAGGAUUCAGAAAACCCGCCCCGCCCUGACCACUUGCCUCUGCGCACCAGCAAGGGCCAAGCGGGACGGACACGCUCUACGAACCCCACGCCCGUCUCCAGCAUGACCUCUGGCCCCACCCUUGAGGGUGCGGGCGCGCCCGUCAGGACCGCUCUGAGCUUCACCAACCCACUGCACUCGGACCACUCGGACCCAGAGCCCGAGGACGGCGAGGUCUCCCUGCUCGUUUCCCAUCACACUGAUUCCAAGUCUAGUGCAAUGUCCACCGCAGUGACCGGCAAAGUGUCAGCAGCACCCCAUGAUGACACCGUCCCCAGGAAGGUUACCUUAAUGUCCAUAGUUGGUGUCUGCCCAAAGGCAGAUGCAGAGACAGACAGUGACGAGAGUGAAGACUCGCCUCCCCCUCUUCCCGAAAGAACCCUUGAGUCCUUCUUUUUGGCCACAGAUCCCGCGGAUGUGCAGGUGGAGCCGAAUGAAUGCACCGGAGCGUUAGGCGACGCCUCCGUCCAGCGAGCUCCAAACACACAAACCAAACAUCAGUCAGGAAGAGGGCAGGAGAACGGGAAGCACUCGGACACGGGGACCGCCAGCAAAGCAGACGCGAGAACGGGGCCUGAGACACUUUCGCAGCUGAGAUUUGGCAACCGCUGCACACAACCCAAAGGCCCGAGAAACCCUCCAUCCGAGUGGACAUGAUCGAGGGCCUGCAGCAGUUUGACCCUAAACGCACCAUCACGUACACACAGACGUAACAUCACCGCUCCCCCGUCCUCUACGCGUCCUCGGAGAAAGAGGACCAGAGCCCGACUCUCUCGGCACCACGCACGCUUCGUUUCCAACAGAACAAUCGGUCAAGAUAGGACCAUUCAGAUAAUCUUCCAUGCUGCGGUCGCACUCGCCCGGUGCUCGACCGCCGUGGGCUCGCUGCAACGGUGCUAGCUUUCCUCCUCGCCGGGACCACAAUCUGUUUCUAUUUCCCUCUAGCAAAAAACGACGCGGGAUGGGACGGCCCCAGACGUACAACGCAUUGCUGUCCUGGAACUCCGUCAUCUCUUUUCUAUACAGUUUGACUUCUAUGACAAUUCAAUAAGAUAUAUACACACACACACACACCCACAGGGACCGAGAACUACUGUCUGUCUGUUUCUUCAUUUAUAUUUUGCUUUUUUCCUCCCUCGCUAACUCCUUGCUAGUCCUAUAUGCAUCGUUUUAUAGGUGUACAGAAUGUGUUAUUGCUAAAUAUUCUUAAUAACAGAAGAUGUAAGAAGUCUGUGCAUGAUGCCCCCAUGUACUGUGACCUGUAAAUUAUUUGCUCCUGUUAUCACAAUCCCCCUCCUCGCCCCUCCCCCUCCCCCUCCCCCUCCCCUUUUUAUCCUUUUCAGUGUUUAUAGUUUGUUUUCCAAAGGUUAGCUGUUUUAUUGGCUAUUUCCUGAGAUCUCACGGGCUCAAGAUUGUAAUAAUGCUUUUUGUAAAUUGUAUUCCAAAGGUUAUUUUUGUAUAUGCUCUUUUUAUUUCUUCCUCCUACCCCCAUCCCAUCCCCCCCCCAUUAACCCCGUAUCACUGGCCUCCGAGCCUCACUGUGCCUUUUUGCAUGCCGUUCGUGUGCGAGUGUGAGUGUGAGAGAGAGAGAGAGAGAGAGAGACUGUGUGCGUGUGUGAUUGAAAGAGGGAUUUACAGCAUCGCAUCCGCGCCUCUGGGAUCCUUCUCAACAACCCUGUUAAUAUGUUGCAUAAACCAAUCAACUUCUCAGUAAAAAAGAAAAAAAAAAGACACGAAGAGGAAUGUACUGCUUUGGCUCGUCUUAUUUGUGAGUAAUAACCGGUGGGUGUAAAAACGACACGGCUUUAAAAAACAAAAAGUGUUUAUUAGCCCCGCUGUGAAAUGGAAUUUCUCUCAAACACACCGCGCCAGUAUCGAGCCGAUCGGAACACGUCAGCACCUGUGGGAAGCGUGUGAUGAGUGUUGGAUAAGAACAGUGUGUACAGGAGAACUGAAUGGUGUAAUUGUGCAAACCUGAGCAGAAAGAACUGUGGAACUGGGAUUUUUUUUUUUCUCUCACUAUUAUAAACAAUGCACUGCUUUCCGAA